CUCAAAGAGCGACAAACUUCAUCUGAGAUGAACACAUUCAGACUCUCUCUCACCAUCACAGCGAUCAGUGCAUCUUCUGGAGGAGUAAAACAUCAUUUUAUUAACUAACCCAGUUUAUUAGUCUCAUAUGAUGAUGUUUUGUGUAUUAUUUUGCCUAGUUUUAUUUGUUGGGUCAGGUGAUGCGAAUACACGAGCAGUGAAGAUGAGCCUGAUGGAGUCUUCCACGCACGAACUCUCAGCCCAUCUGACUCCCGUAUCAGCCCAUCACACUGAGGAAGAGUAUGAUGAAGACCUUUUGACCCGAACACAUCACGCGCAGAGAGUUCCACGCGGCUCUAAAUCAAAACACCCGGCUGCUCACGAGCACCGACACCUCCCGAGACCGCAUCCUGAUCCGGACGGCUUCUUCACCACACCCCGGACUUUUAACGGGUCCCUGCGGGUUCAUAACCCGUUAUACCCGCUCACGGAGGAGUCGUAUAGCGCGUACGCGGUCAUGAUGUUGUCUCUGCUCGUGUUCUCUGUGGGUGUGGUGGGGAAUCUCGCGCUCAUGUGUAUCGUGUGGCACAAUUAUUACCUGAAGAACACGUGGAACUGCGUGCUGGCCAGUUUGGCCCUAUGGGACUUCACAGUUCUGUUCUUCUGUAUGCCAGUAGUGAUCUUCAACGAGCUCACCAAGAGAAGACUGAUGGGAGAUCUGUCCUGCAGAGUAGUGCCUUAUGUGGAGGUGACGUCUCUUGGCGUGACCACUUUCACUCUGUGUGCGCUGAGUAUCGACCGUUUCCACACGGUGACCAGCGUUCAGCCGCGACCUCGGCAGGUUGAGUCCUGUCAGUCCAUCCUGGCGAAACUGUCUGUGAUCUGGAUCGGAUCUAUGGUUCUCGCCGCCCCUGAACUGCUCAUGUGGCAGUUAGAACAAGAGAUUUCUCCUCGAUCGGGUUUACCUGUGGAUUCAUGUGUUCAGCAACCAUCCGUCAAUCUCCCCGAGACGCUGUACUCACUCGUUUUGACGUACCAACAGGCUAGAAUGUGGUGGAGUUUUGGCUGUUUCUUUUGUUUGCCAUUACUCUUCACUGCCGCAUGCCACCUGCUCACGCGACACGUCACGGACGACAAUGCCAAAACUGUGGGAAAACCCCUCCGGCCUUCAUCUACCUCCUCUUCCUCAUCGUCUUCAUCCUCGUCACCAAAAAAAAAGCUGCAGCAGCGACUAGAGCGUCAGAUGACCCGUACGGUUGUGGCGUUGGCGAGCAUCUACACCAUGUGCAGUUUACCGGAAAACGCCUGGAAUAUUGUGCUGACUUACGCGAGUGUGGAGACCUCACAGGCCACGUGGGCACUUCUGGCUCUGAUUGGUCAGUUCCUGUUAUUCGUGCGGGCAGGGACAACUCCCGUGCUGUUGUUGUGCAUAUGUCGGUCUCUCGGGCAGGCGUUCAUGGACUGCUGUUGCUGCUGUUGUGAGGAGUGUCUGCCAGAACCUUCAUCCUCAUCUUCAUCCACCAAUGCCACGGCUAUCUCCUCCCCACCAUCAUCACCUGCAUCCGUCCAGGAGGAGAAGCUGAAGGUCGUGUCGGGAGCGUCGCCCGCCGUGUUCUUUGAUAAAGUGAAGGACAGUCCAGACGAGCUGAUCAUCGGAACGCCGUGCUGAUCUCAAAAACGCAUCCAAAACGUUCUUGUGUUCAUGCGUUUAUGAAUAUCCGCUGGACUCAGCACUGGACCAGUGUUCAUUUAUCCAAGCUGUGAAUUAAUUUAUCCAUUACUAACAUCUUUAAAGGGAUAGUUCAUCCAUAAAUUAAAAUUCUGUCAUCAUUUACUUUCCCUCAUGAAUAGAAAAAGAUAUGUUUAGCAGAAUGUUUGUACUGCUCUUUUCCAUAUAAUGAAUGCUAACAGUGACCAUAAAAGUAUCAGAAAAGUGUACUAUAUUACAAGCCUUCUGAAGACUCUCAGUGGCGUUGUGUGAGAAGAACACGAAAAAAGGUUCCCCUCUACCACAGCUCUCAAAUCUCAUUCGUGUAUAUGACAUUAAUGAUAUCAAACGUCAUUGGUUCUUGCGUGUCUCGUAACCUGUUGUCAUUGAUUUCAAACCUGCCGUAACACAUCUUGAUGUGCCAUUUAUCAAAUUAAAGCUGCAUUACUUAACUUUGCUCUCUAGCGACAUCUGUGGUUGAAACUUAAAAUUGCAAGCAAUUUGCGUAAGAACACUUUACGUGAGUCGUGUUUUGGCACUGCUCUUCUGGAGGAUGAAUCUCAUGAUUUUAGCUUUGCCUGUGUGUGAUCAUGACUGGGAGAUAUUCAGAGCCAGAGUCAUAACAUGCUAUUUUCAUGUUGAUAUAAUGUUAUAUGAUUGAACAUUAAAAACUGAAAUAUCACUUGCUUUGAAGAUAAACAACACUCGUUUUCACAUAUUUUGAAUUAAUUGAUUUGACACUUAUAGCACUUUUCUGACACUACACUCAAAGUGCUUUUAUAUAAAGAACAGGGGACUCAGUCACCUCAAUCACUACCAGUAUAUUUUAAUAUUAAAGUGUUUUAUCUACUAUUAAUGUUUGUAUUGUACUACACUUAUCAAUUUAAGAGGUGAUUCUUGUGAUAUGGCUGAUACGAGUUCAAUAGAAGACUUUAUUAUUGUUAUAUUGUACAGCCUCAGUUGAUAAUGCAAGUGAACCGUAAUACUACAAUAGUAUGUCUAUGCAAUGCACAGAAUAUAAAACAAGGAUUCAAUAAUGAUGGGGAUAAAAUAGACUUUAUUAAACAUGAAAAUAAUAUGCUUAAAAAUGCAAUAUAACAAUUACAAGUAGUCAAUUUCAGAAGUCAUAAAUAUUAGUAAACAUGUCACAGUAAAUUCCCCCGAUAACAGAUACAUCGCGAUCGGUUACCAUAUGAGUAAUGUUCGAUUCAUUCAAGCAUGACAAGCAUUAUAGCAGGUAAACAACUUCGCUAAACAGAUAACAGAUAAACAUCCAUCCAGAUUGCUGUCCAGAACAGUGUGAGUGUGACUGAACUGAACCGUAGCUUCUUUAUAACAGCGACUCGCAAACUAAAAUAGUGCAUUAUCGCCAUCUACUGUUUAUAUGGGAACGAGACAGCCGGCUCUUCUUUCCUAUUUUCAUGGACAUGACGUAAUGACGCAAGGAUGUACGUCACAAGCUAGCGAUUUCAGGCAAAAUCGGACCGACAGCUCAAAAUACUAAUAAUUUUGAUAGGCUUACCGUAGUGAAUCGGGGUAAGGUAAGAACAUGGUUUUGAAAACUAAUUGUCAAUUUGUUAAUUUUUAACAAUGGUGUAGCUUGAAGGCUGUUAAUCAGUGAAAUAUUUUAAUCAAAUUAUAUAUAGAAUUAACAGAUUAAUCAAAUACAUCAAUAUUUGCAGAGAAAGGCCUCCAAACAAAUAAAUAUUUAACCAAUAAUUAUUAAACUAUUGUAAUUCAAUAAUUUAAAACCCAAUAUAUAAUAUACAAUAUAAUAAUUCAGAUAAAUAAAAUAUAUUACAUUAUUGUGUCAGACGAGUAAAGCAUUGAUUAGUGAAUACAGAAAGUGGCUUAAGAAGGUAAUAUAUUGUUUAUUUCCAUAUUGUUGAACGAUUUUGCAAUUUAAUUCAUCAAUCUGUACAAAGCGUUUUUAGGACGCUGUGUCAAGUUAAACAUAGUUUGAAACUUAGAAAAACACAUCUUGAGAGCCCUGUAUUCAGAAUUGCGCUCCGUCUAGUUGUCUGCACGCAAAAAUGCGUUGUCAUCUUGUGUUGUCUGCUGUCAAUAAGUGCGGUUUGUUGUCUGGACUGCCGGAGUUGCGCUUACCACCCCCUGCUGACCGGUACGCGUGAAAAAAGUUAACGUUCCUUAUUAUGGACGGGGGGCAAGAUUAAUUACGUACAUUUUUUUACUGCAAUUUUUUACUGUAGCCUAUAAUUAACCGCACUAAAUUAACAUGUUAAAUCAACAGCCCUAAUUUGAAUUUACUGUAUGUAAUCAUGCAUUUUCCAUAAUAGAUGGCAAUUUUUGGGGGGUUGAACUAUUCCUUUAAAGACAGGCGUUCCUCCUAGUCGACUGUAGGAGGAGAGUUACACGAAGAAAGAUUUUCUGAAAUCAUUAUGAUCGUUUUCAUUGUUGCUGUAAUUAUUUUUGAGAGGUCCACUGUCAUAGUAAACACUUCAUCAGUGCAACGUUUUGUUUUAACACGUAAAGCUCAUAAUUGUAAUUCAUUUGUACAUUUUAUAGUCUCUUAUUAAUAAUAACUAAUAUUUUGGCUUGUUUAUGCUUACAUUUUGUACUGCUGGAUUGUCAGUCACAGCAAACUUGAAAACAUUCCAAUGCAUAGUAUUUUCAUCUAUUUAAUGCACUUAAAAUCAUUUUUAUUAUGUGUUUUGUUUUGAAAACAAAUGUUUAAAGGAAUGAAAUUAUUGUUUGACAAAAAAAGUGUUAUAUGUUAAACUUCAUAGCUGUGGUGUUUCAAAGAGAAAAUGUCAUCUGGAUAUUGUGGUUUUGUGAGUCAGACAGACACAUCAAUGAUUGUGUCUCAACUAUCAAAGACCGUCUGAUUCUCUGCCACAGUUCUGCUGGAAUUAAACAACCCGUGCUGGUUUAUAAACUCUCAACAGAGAGAAAUGACUCUUUCAACUAUGAGUAAAUACUGGAAAUACUUUUUCACAACAUUAACAUGUUAGAUGAAUGAAUGUGUUUUAAAGACAGUGUAGCUGAACAGAUUGUUAGCAUCAGAUUUUUGUAUAUCUUUUGUACUUGGUUGCAGCCAAUAAAGUUUAAAUAAGCAAGAAAUA